AUGUUGUUUGAAGAUGCAGGCAUCUUGGAGAAAUCCACAGGAGAAGCAGCAGAAGAAUUAACAACAGCCUGGUUGAAUGAACGCAACGCGCCUGAAGUCUUGCCCUAUGAACGUACACUGGUUGAAUUCUUGAUAGAGACGAUUGAAAGACAGGCAAUCAUGGAGGAUAUGGAAAACCAUGUUGAAAAUAAGUUUGAAAGUAUGGUCUAUCAAACAGAGAUUGAGCGUAUCAAAUAUGUUGUCAAGAGUUAUCUUCGAUGUCGUCUGUUUAAGAUUGAGAAAUUUACAUUGCAUUUAUUAAGACAACCGAAUUUGCGUGAUAUUCUAUCUCAUCAAGAAAUUAUUUAUGCCAGACGAUACCAAGAGUUGAUUGAAAGUCAUUAUCACCAUACUUUCUUGCACCAAUUGCCCAGGACACAACAAAAGCAAGAUGAAGUUAUACAAGACAUGAGUAUGGUAGUUGAACCCAAUUUGGAUGCACCUGUAUUCUGUCGAGUUCUGUCAAACAUUGGACAUGUUGAGAUUGGUCAGAGUGACAGCGUUCUGUUUGAGAUGGGAGAUAUUUACAUAUUACGUUAUUCUGACGUACAGCAUUAUUUAAAAGAGAACAAAAUCAAACUAAUCUAA